AUGGAAAAUCUUAAACCUAUUCUUUAUUAUGCUGCUGAAGGUUCGUCAGGUGAAUUCGAAGUUUGUGUCAAGAAAGCCGAAAAAGAUGGAAAAAAUUGGUUGGACGAGAAAGACGAAAAAGGUAGAAAUGCGUUAUUUCAUUCAGCAAUGACGGAUAAUAUCAAAAACUUUCAAUUUAUUAUAAAACGAGCUGCAAUUCGACCGGAUACUAUAAUUCAAAUACUGGAUAAAACAAAUGCAACAGUUUUACAUUGGGCAACUCAAUAUGCAUCAGCAAAAGUUGUCAAAGAAAUAAUAUCAAUGUUUUUGAAUGAUCGACCGGGUAAAAUAAUAUUAGCCAAAGAUAAUGAUUCGGUGACUCCACUUCACAUCGCUGCAACUAAAUCAAAUAUAAAAGUUUUGAAACUUUUCAUUGAUAAUUUGACAGUUGGAGAUAAUGUAUAUCAAAUUGCACAAGACAAGAAAUCACGAUCUCCUUUACAUUAUGCAGCUUGUAAAGUGAAUAUCGAGGCAAUCCGAUUGAUGAUUGAUUCAGAUAUUGCUCAACCAGAUUCACCAGUUCUUGGUUUUCCAAUAGAUCAACGAGAUCGAAAUGGUAUUAUUCCACUGAUGUGUGCAGUCGGAGUUAAUCUACCACAAGCUCUUCCAGUCAUCAAAUUAUUAGCAAAGUGAGUCAGAAAAAAUUAUUAAAGAUAAUUUAGAAUUCAGAAAGAAACCAGUUUCGAAGACCAGGCAAAACAAAGAUGGAAUGACUGUUUUGCACAUCGCAGUCGCUGCCAGAAAUCUCAACGCAGUUCAACUUCUCGUUGAAGAACUCGAUUGCUCAGUUGAUGUAACUAACAAUGAGUGUCACCCUUGAAAUUCUUAUAUAGAAUAUUUUUCAGCUAGUUGACAAUGAGCAACGAACACCACUUCAUUAUGCUGCUGAGCAUGCAUAUCCCGAAAUUGUGCAAUAUUUAUUGAAUCACGGCGCACGAAAUUCGACUCGAGAUAAACUCGGAGUGACUCCAGCACAUUAUGCCGCACAAUUCAGUGCUGAUUGUUUGAGGAUUAUUCUGACCGAAAGUCGGAUUAGUGUAAGAAAAAUCUAAUUUUCUGAAGUUCGGCAUAUGUUUUCUAGGAAGUCAAAGACAACGAGGGUCGAAGUUGUUUGAUGUGGGCUGUUUGCGCGGGAAACAUCGACGUUAUACAUUACCUGAUUCAACGAGAAGAUGCACCUGAUCGGAGAGCUGUGGUAAACCAUUUUCCAUUUUCUUUUGAAUCACGAAAUGACUUUUUUCCGAGAGUAGAAAAAUUGAAGGUCACGUUGGAAAUUAGUUUUUUCCAUUUUGAAAAUGAAAUAGAUAAUUGUGCAAAUUGCCACGUCAGAGUUCACGUUGGCAAAUAAUUUUGCAGGACAAAUAUGGCUACACAGCUCUCCAUCUCGCUGCAAUGGUUGGAAACGAAAAAGUUUGCAAAAUUCUGAUCAACCAAGGUUGGAACAUAUCCGAGCGCGAUAAUCAAAGCAUCACGGCUCUUCAUUUGGCAGCCGGUCGUGGACACACUGAUGUACUUCGCUGUUUGGUCACUUCUGGAGCGAAUAUGAGUGAUCGCGAUUCGUUGGACAGAACUCCCGUUUUCUGGGCGUGUUUAGGAGGGCAAAGUCAUACAUUGCAUUGUAUGAUUAAAGAGUUGAGUUUUGAAUGGCGAACAUCAGGAGGAAGUGAGACGAAACCAAUUAUCGAUGCAUUAGGUAGAACACCGUUGCACGCGGCAGCUUAUGCCGGAUUUUCAGCAUGUAUCAAUGUUAUGCUAAAUGUAAGUUGAUCUAAUUGUAAACUUAAUUCAAUUCUGAUAUCCUGAGGAUUUGGGUAUAGGAUUCAAAAGAUUUCUCUAAAAUUUAUCUGAAAAUUUAAAGAUCGAACAAGAAGACAACUUUCUAAAAUCCCCUUUGGUCGGAUGGCGGGAUCAAGAUGGUAAAACAGCAUUACAUGAAGCUUGCAUUGCUGGAAAAAUCGAUUGCGUUCUUUCACUUCUCAAAGGUGGAAGUGCAAUUAAUGCAAUCGAUUAUGAUGAAAAAACACCGCUUGAUUGUGCAAUUCAAUUCAAGCAUAAAAUGGUUUGUUCAAGAAAAUUUUUCUCUUUUUAGAAAACUUCUAAAUUUCCUUUUUUAGAUCAGCGAUCACUUGAAAAGUUUGGACGCUUUGACAUUCAUGGAAUUACGAGAUACCGCAGCUCGCGAGAUUCAGCGAUUUUAUCGGAAAUACAAAUCGCGAAAAUCCAAAUUCACUUGCAUAUAA